AUGCUGCAGCGGAAGUACAACUGGGACAGUGGGAUUACUGAGGUGGUGAAAGAAAACUUCAUAAGGGUCGCCAAAAGAAGGAUCAAAGGAAUUGUGAGCCAAGCAAAGAAAAGUGGUGAGCAUCCAAUUUGGAUUGGGCCAACACUUUGGGUCGAAAUGAUGGAGCACUGGAACACUCCCGAGUCUAUUGAAAAGAGCACUAAUGCUUCCCAGUCCAGAAAUUCUGAUCGUGGCGGGCUUGGCGUCCGUAAACACUUAUCCGGACAGAAAUCGUACUUGCAAGUACAACUAGACUUGGAGGAUAAAUUGGCUCGCCCUGUAUCACUUGUUGAAGUUUUUAUGGCAACUCAUACAAGGGCAGAUGGAACUUUUGUUGAUGCAAAGGCUAAACAAGUAGCUGAAGAUUAUGAGAAGAACUUAGAAGAGACAUUGAAUCAGCUUGAUGCCGAUGAUCUUCAUGGUUCAGACCAUUCACCUGAAAAUCUACUCAACGGACCCUCACCAUUCAAGAUAAAGAUGACAUAUUUCUCAAGACUUAUUAGUACUGUCACAGAUGACAAGGGAAAACCCUUUGGACUUGGCCAACUAGCUGAGACGAUCAACAAAGGGAAGAGAAGAAAAUGUUAUUCAACCGCUUCUUCACCGUCAAUCUUAGAGUUGCAAGACCAACUUGAAGCUGCUCGUGUUAAGCUCGUAAAAGUUGAUGAAGAAAAUGCUAGGCGUGAUGAGGAGCAACGCCUCGCUCAAAGUCGUAUAACAAGCUUGGAGAUGGUAGUCUCCUACUUAAAAAACACUUACCAUGGGUUCAGCGACUUUAUGGCUAAUGCGACAACACCACCUCAUCAACAACAAGCCACAGCAGCUAACGCAACUGUCGACAGACCAGCAGAGGGACCAGCGAACGGACCAGCCAACGGACCAAACACUUCACCAUUGUCCAACACUUCGUCAACCUUUCCUUUGCCUUAG